AUGGAAACACAGCUAAUAAUUAUCUACAGAUAUCAGAUGACAGGAAAACUGUAUCCUGGUCAGAUAAAUAUCAGAAACUCCCAGAAACACCAGAGAGGUUUCAGUGGCAUCCUCAGGUGUUAA